CGGCCAGCCUGCGCGACCCCUCCGGCCAGAAGCGGCAACGGCAAGAGAAUCAGCAAGGGAAUCGGAAGCAGAAAUAGCAGCUGGCUCAGCGGCGCAGGAGCGGCCGCCGGUAUCUCCAUAGCCCCACCCCCCGAGCAACCCUCGGCAUCUUCCGUAGCGCAGCAGCGCCCACCCCUUACCCAGCCCUCUUUUGUCAAUUCAGCCGACCAUGUUCAAGGCGGCCAACCCGUACGACGAGCUCGUUGCCAAGGCCACAGACGAGCACCUCACCUCGGAGAAUUGGGAGCUCAAUCUGGAUGUAUGUGACAAGGUCUCUGGACAGGGCGAGACGGCCGCCCGCGACUGCAUCGCAGCAAUCGCAAAGCGCCUCUUGCACCGCAGCGCCAACGUGCAGCUCUACGCGCUGACGCUCGCCGACAGCCUGUCCAAGAACGUGCCUGGGCAUAUCAUCUACCCGGAGCUCUCCUCGCGCGCCUUCUGUCAGGCACUCGCCCGUUUGAUCGCAGAUGAGCGCAACACGCACGCCACCGUGCGCAAGAAGGCCGCCGCGAACGUCCAGCAGUGGGCCGCCGAUAUGGGCAAACCCGCCAAGGGUGGCAGCGGAAAUGGCAGUAGCGGCGCUGUCGACGACGACGGCAAUAGCGUCGGGGCCAUCAUGAAAGAGACGUACGACCAGCUCAAGCACCAGCACCCGAGCUUUUUUGACGACCCCGCUGGCAACGGCAGUGGCGCAGACGGCAGCGUACCCCCAACCGAGCCUUCGUCCGCGCAGCUGCGCCGCGAAGACGAGGAGCUCAGGCGCGUCCUCGAGCUGUCCCUGCAGGAUCAGGGCGGGCGCCACGCCGUCCUGGACUCCGGCGCUGGUGCUGAGGGCAGCAGUGGUGGGAGCAGUGGCGGUGGCGGAGCAUUUGCUGGGGCAAGCAGCAGCGCGAUGACGGCUGCGACCGGGACCAGGGUCGCUGAUCAUGGGGUCAGCGGCGAGAGCUCCUACCCCGUGGCGAACAACACGACAUCUUCCUCAGAGACUCCAAAGAAGGGUCAACAGCCACAGGCAAACGGCGGUAGCAGCACGGGAGGUGCAACAGGAGCGCCGGGAGCACUGGCCGCCUCGCGCGUUCGAGCUCUGUACGAUUUCCAGCCGACCGAGCAUGGCGAGCUGGCUUUUGCCAAGGGCGAUUUCAUCCGCGUGCUUGACAGCGUCUACGAGCACUGGUGGCGCGGAGAGGUCCGCGGGGAGGUCGGCAUCUUCCCCGUCAACUAUGUCGAAAUCCUCCCGGACCCGACGCCGGAGGACAUCCAACGGGACGCGGAGCUGGAGGCGCGCAUCUUCUCGUCCGCAUCGUCAAUCGACUUGCUAAUCGCCAAGCUAUCGUCGCUCGACCCGCGCAAAUCGAACCUGUCCGACGACGAGGAGCUGCAAGACCUGUACCAGCAGGCGCUCAGCAUCCGACCCAAGAUCAUCCGCCUGAUCGACCGCUACUCGGCCAAGGUCGCCGAGCUCAAGGGCCUGAAUGAAAAGUUCACCAAGGCAAGGGGCACGUUCGAAGGCCUUAUGGAGGAGAGCCUGCAGCGGUGGGAGCCCAACAAGGCCGGCUCGUCCAACAGGGACUAUCUCGGCCACCGCAUGCAGCCGCAGCCGCAGCUGCAGCAACACAUGUCAGACUACACCGGCUCGGCCGGUGCGCAUGGCGACUUGAUGGCGCAACAGCAACAGCAACCGCAUCAGCAGCAGGACUACAGCCAAGCAUGGGCAGCGUACUAUGCCCAACAGGGUUACCAACCAGGUCAGUACCCACCCCAUGGGCAAGGCCAGCCGCCCGCAGCAGUGCCCGCGACGCCGGGACAGGUACCCGCUGCAGGCGCUGUCAGCGUACCGCAGCCCCCGCCCGGCCUCGACCCGCGCGACCCGGCGUACGCGCAGUGGUACUAUGCGCAUUUCGGCCAUCCUAACCAGCAGCAGCCGCAUCAAACGCAACGGUACGAGGGGGGCUAUGGCACCGUCCAGGCGUCUGUGUCUGCAGUGCCCGAUAGCGCGGCGCCGCCUUCGUCAGCAGCUAUGCCGACAGGCGCCGGUUCCAGUGGCAGCACAAGCGGAGCGCCCGUGCCGGCAGGCGGACCAGCGUCGUCAGUCGGGGGCGAAGCGGUGCCGCAGGACGAUGAAAAGCGUCGGUUGUUCGAGCGCGCGCGCGCUGAAGCGGACGCGUACCAGUCCGCACACCGGGCGUACCUCUCCGGCCAGCAGCAGCAUGGCGCAAGCGGCGCUGGAAGCAGCGGCAGCAAUGGGCACGCCAUGGGCAUACACCCGCAGCAGACGCCGGGUGCGUCGGCGCCAUAGAGCGUGGAGGGUAGGCAUGCCUCUGGUCAGUUUUGGGACCGUGGCUCCGGCGGGUCACUCUCGCUACCACUCCGCUCAAGAGCUUGUCUGUGAGGCGCUGUGGAUGAUGGCUUGCUUGGUCAGGUGGAAGGAAGACAGAAAAAAGUCUGGUUGAGCCCCAUCACGGUUCUCAUUACACAUAACCCCCUAAACAUCUUCGUAUUCCCGUUGUAUCGUCUGCAAUUCUUCGCAUUGUCGACGCGCAGAGCGUUCAAAGCACGGACGA